AUGGUCAUUGCUACUCACUCAAUCAACGUGGACACACACUUCCGCGCCGACGAGGACAACGUGGAUGGAACCGUGCACACUCUGGCCGAGCCUGAUGUCAAAAAGGCCGACCAUCCAGAAUGGUUGCCCACUUGGGAUAAGUCUCAGAAAUUCCCCAAACUGCAGCCUUUCAAGCAUGUAGACCGUGGCUUCUUUGGUGAUCCUGGUUAUGAAAGGCUUCUGGCUGAGGCUACAGGAAAGGUUGAACAAGUGGAUAUCACACCCAAGCUUGGUACCGAGAUCAGGUCUGGAAUUCAGCUUACCAAGCUUUCUCCCGAAGCCAAGGACGACCUGGCAUUAUUGGUCGAAAGACGUGGGAUUGUGAUCUUUAGAAACCAAGACUUCAAGGACCAGACUCCCGAGUUUGCCAAGCAAUGGGGAAGCCAUUUUGGACCUCUGCAUAUCCACCAGACCUCGGGUGCUCCAUUGAACCACCCUGAGUUCCACAUCACCUUCAGAAGAUCGAAUCCAGACGAGUUCCAGAAGACGUUUGCUAGAAGACUCAGCAACAUUACGUUUCACUCAGAUGUUUCAUACGAAUUGCAGCCACCUGGAGUGACUCUUUUCUGUGUCUUGCAAGGUCCACCUAGUGGAGGAGACACACUGUUUGCGGAUACAAUUGAGGCCUACGACCGGUUGUCUGACAAGAUGAAGGUUCUACUUGAUGGUCUACAGGUUGUCCACUCUUCAGUGGACCAAGCCACUGAUUCGUUGACCAAGGGUGGCAUUUUGAGACGAGACGAGGUGGAGCAUGUUCAUCCUCUUGUGAGAUACCAUCCAGUUUUGAAGAAGAAGUUGCUUUAUGUCCACAGUAACUUUGCAAGAAGGAUCAUUGGACUCAAGGACGAGGAAAGCGAUGUUCUUCUCAAGUUUCUGAUCAACCACAUUGAGUCCGCAUUGGACCUUCAACUUCAUGCCCGUUAUGAACCAGGAACUGUUGUUCUUUGGGAUAACAGAAGAGUCCUUCAUUCUGCAACCACAAACUGGGAGAACCCUGUUAUCAGACACGCUUUCAGAAUCACUCCACAAGCAGAGAGACCAGUAGCGUCUGAAGAGGAGUACGAGAACUGGACUCCAGAGAAAGAGUUGGAGGAUUUGAAAAAAGUUCAAAAGGUGCUCGCUGCCGAUCCGAACGACGCGAAUCGUUUAUAG